AUGAUUCUCGGUGCUGCUCAACGUCUUCGGGAUACUGGAAAUAUUUUGCCAGCCCGCGUCGAGCGUGUAGGUCGUCCUCGUGACAUACGUAAUCUGCGUAAUGAAGAUCGUGUGGUUGACGCAGUGGAGAACGUUCCUCACACUAUUGUCCGCAAACUUGAGCGUCAGUUGCAGAUUUCUCGUACGUCAAUUAAUCGUAUAACUAAAGCGAGAGAAUUGCAUCCAUUCCACGCAACUAAAGCUCAAAAAUUAGGACCUGGUGAUUUUGAACAGCGGAUAGCUUUUUGCAACCGUAUUUUGGAGAUGGUUGCCAAUGAUCCUGACUUUUUACAGCGUGUAUUGUGGACAGACGAAUCACUUUUCACUCGUGAAGGGUGUUUUAAUCAACACAAUUCGCAUGAGUACGCCGUAGAAAAUCCUCAUUUCACUCGAAACCGCAAUUUCCGAAAUAAGUGGAAAAUUAAUAUGUGGGGUGGCAUUAUUGGCAACGUCGUACUUCUCCAUCUUUUGCCGGACGCUAUGAACGGCGCCAAUUAUCUGAGGUUCCUACAAGAAGUGCUGCCGGAAGCUCUGGCGCAGCUACCACCUGAUGAACGUCCUCAGUGGUUCCAGCAUGAUGGUGCACCGACGCAUACUGCAGCGCAGGUGACAGAGUACCUAAAUGCAACGUAUCCCAAUUCUUGGAUCGGGAGAAACGGUCCCUUUCCAUGGCCUCCAAGGUCACCAGACUUGACACCUCUGGAUUUUUUCUUGUUGGGUUACAUAAAAGGAGUCGUUUACGAGACAGAACCUGAGGAUCAGUUUGAGACGAUGGCGAGAAUUCAGGUGGCAUACCUGAACAUUACUCCUGUUAUGAUGGAGAAAGUCAGGACAGAUUUGAUAAGACGCUGCCGUCUUUGCAUCCAAGUUGGAGGAGGAACGUUCGAGCAGCUGCUCUAA